AUGUCAAAAGUGUUGACAGAAUAUUCCGCUACAGUAACAAUGAUAACAUCUAUGAUGGGUGCAAGCAUAUACUUCACACCUGUUGCAUUCAGAUUUGUCGGAUACAUUUAUGGAUGGAUCAUUAUCUUCAUAGUUGCUCUACUUACGUCGUUUUCCUUGUAUUGUAUCUCAUACUCUGCAAUGAAUAUGCCUGUAGGCCCGACAUACUCAUCAUUAGGUGCCUGUAUAUCUCCAAAACUCAAGAAUGUCCUCGAUGCAUUCGUCAUUGUAAAUAGUUUAACUGCAAAUAUUUGUCUCUACAGAUAUCUUUCGGAGCUGAUUGUGGCUGCAUUCCCGGUACUACUACUUGUUUUCCCAAGCUAUGAAACUGCUAGAAAAGGAGUUGUAGUUGUCCUUUUAAUCCCGCUUCUUACCCUUUCUUUCCAUAAAAACCUCUCUAGCUUGAGAUAUGUGUCACUUGCUAUGGUUGUUUCUAUCGUAUACUUCAUUUUACUUCUUAUAUCUUACAACCUUCUUUUUUAUCCCGGACGCUCCAAUUACGAAACGACUCCUUUCGGAAAUGGAUUUUUCUUUUCAGUUCCGAUCUUUAUAACUGCAAUGGCAUGCCAAUCGAAUAUGGUGAAAGUUCUAGAUGAGAUGGCAAGCUAUUCUGUGAGAAAAGUCAAGUUUGUAUCAAUAUGGAGUGGGGUUGGAGGAGGAUUGAUCUAUGGAUCAAUAGGCCAUCUCGGAUAUUCAUUGUUUGGAAACGGGCUUGAUGGAGACUUGUUAGGAAUAUUUGCAGACAAAAACUCUGUGAUAAAUGCUCAGCUAGCAGGAACUAUUGAUAGAUACCUUGUGUCCUCAAAGAUAGCGGUGUAUGGGUCCAUGCUGAUCUUCAUUGGGAGCUUUCCAAUGCAGCUGAAUCCCUUGAUAACUACUCUAUUCAACAUCUUCCCAGAAAGAAGAAGAACAGAAAAUAUCCGGCUUAUCUUGAUGGUCUUUUUGAUGAUUCUUUGUUUCUCAUUGGCUUUAAUUCGAGACUUGUCAGCAGGUCUUGUAAUAAGUAUAGCAGGUGCAACGGUAACAAAUUUCAUAUCUUUUCUCUUUCCAUUUGUAUUCUUUAUAUCGGCAAAGAAGAAAUUCUCCACCAGUACAUUUCUAGCUUUGGUAUCAAUGGUGGCCUGUAUUUCUAGCUCUAUAUACAUGGUAUUCAACAUACUAGGAAAAACCACAGAUAGGUCCAUGUAA